AUGCCCGGCUGGGAGUCACUGGGCGGCCUGCAGCAUGUCGUGGAACAGCUCAAGGAGAUGGUCAUUCUGCCGCUGCUGUAUCCAGAGCUCUUCAGCCACAUGCGCAUUUCUCCGCCCAGGGGCAUCCUGUUCCAUGGCGAGCCCGGCACGGGCAAGACCCUGGCUGCUCGUGCGCUGGCGGGGGCAUGCGCGCGGGCGUCGCCAAAGCCGGUGGCUUUCUUUGCGCGCAAGGGCGCCGACUGCCUUGGCAAGUUCAGCGGGGAGGCCGAGCGCACCCUGCGCCUGCUCUUCGAGGAGGCGGCUGCGCAGGCGCCAGCGAUCAUCUUCCUGGAUGAGCUGGACGGCCUGGUGCCGGCGCGCGGCCAGGCCGGCAGCGGCGGCAGCGAUCAGAUCUAUGCCAGCGUUGUGUCCACCAUGCUCGCACUCAUGGACGGCGUCGCCGACCGCGGCGCUGUCGUCGUCAUAGGGGCCACCAACCGGCCAGAAGCGAUUGACGCGGCCCUGCGGCGUCCGGGGAGAUUUGACAGGGAGGUCUACUUUGGCCUGCCAUCAACUGCUGACCGGCUGGAGAUCCUGAGCGUGCACACAUGCAGGUGGGAGCCUCCACCUUCCAUACAGCUCCUGCAGGCAGUGGCUGCAGCAACACAGGGGUUCGCCGGGGCCGACCUGCAGGCGUUAUGCGCUGGCGCAGUCAUGGCUGCUUGGGCUACCGCUGCCCACCGCCGCCGCAAGCGCGGCAAGCCUCGCUGA